CACAGGAGCAUGGCAGUAUGUCUGAACGGAUACAUAAGAGUAGCUCACUGUCUCAAGUGCAGUUACUGCUGACUCCAUCUUGCUGGAAUAUAGUAUAAGAUCGAACUGGAACUCUGAAACAAGAUAUAUAUACUUGACAAUGUGUGAGCCACUUUACGACCCGCGUCGCCCGAUGCCUACCCUCAAUGUCACAUCGCAAUACCGUUUAGCAAACUGUCCCGGCAAGAGCAUUAUCGGGUUGCUUGUCAGUUUCCCCCCGAAUGGCUCAACUCCCCCACAUCGACAUGGCGGCGCAUCUGUGUCUGCAUAUGUCAUCAGCGGGACGCUGUUGAACAAGAUGAACGACGAUCCAAUGAGAGUAAUCGAAACGGGAGGUUCCUGGUACGAAGCUCCGGGAUGUCAUCAUCGCAUCAGCGAUAACGCAAGCAAGACCGAACCGGCUACCUUGUUUGCGUCCAUGAUUCUCGAUACAGAGGUGUAUGAGCGGGAUGGGAUGGCGGCGUUGAUACAGAUUGACGAAGAAUACAGAGCAUAAAAUUGGAAGGCUGUUCUAUUCUAGCCCAGGCCUAUUACCUGGUUGCCGAAUGUUGCUAUGCUACCUUCCAGCUCACCCCGAAUGUACGGGUCAAUAUUUCUUGGAAGCUUUCAUUGCUCUUUCUAUAAUCUCUACUAUGACGC